UUCCCUCCCUGCUGCGUCCUGCCCUGCCAUGGCGACCCCCGCGGCCUCCGCUCUCCUCCUCCCCUCCCUUCUCCCUCCUCCGUCCCUUCGCUUUCCGCCCCGCCACGUCGCUGCCCCGGGCGUCCGGCGCCUCGCGCAGCCUCUCCGCGCCGGCCGUCCGCGCCUGCAGCCGCCAGCGCCUCCCCCGGUGGAGGAGGUCGCCGAGGAGCAGGAUGCCACGCCUCCGCUCAGGCUGCUCGAGCCGCCGCAGGAGGACGACCCCUUCCCGCCCGAGAUGGAGCCCGCGGACCCUGAUUUCUACCGGAUAGGAUACGCGCGGAUGAUGCGGGCGUACGGGAUUGAGUUCCUGGAAGGGCCGGAUGGGAUGGGCGUGUAUGCUUCCCGGGACGUGGAGCCGCUACGCAGAGCUAGAGUAAUUAUGGAGAUUCCCUUAGAGCUAAUGCUGACUAUAACUCAAAAGAAACCUUGGAUGUUUUUCCCUGACAUUAUUCCACUAGGUCAUCCUAUAUUCGACAUUAUUGAAUCAACAGAUCCAGAGAUGGAUUGGGAUCUAAGAUUAGCUUGCCUUCUUCUCUAUGCAUUUGAUAUAGAAGACAACUUUUGGCAGUUAUAUGGUGAUUUUUUGCCAGGGCCUAAUGAAUGCACUAGUUUGCUGCUGGCACCGAAGGAGGAUUUGAUGGAACUAGAAGAUGAAGAUCUUGCCUCAGAAAUGUUAAAGCACCAGCAACGAGCAAUUGACUUCUGGCAAAAGCAUUGGGACAAAGCAGUUCCUCUAAAGCUAAAACGCCUUGCCCGUGACCAUGAGAGAUUUCUCUGGGCACUGAGUAUUGUUCAAUCUCGCUCUGUCAACAUGAAGAUGAGAAUGGGAGCCUUCAUCCAAGAUGCAAAUAUCCUAGCUCCUUAUGCCGAUAUGUUGAACCACUCACCCAAUGCUAAUUGCUUCCUGCAUUGGCGCUUUAAAGAUCGUAUGCUUGAAGUUAUGAUUAAGGCUGGACAUGCUAUCAAGAAAGGAGAUGAGAUGACAAUAGAUUAUAUGAGUGGGGUGAACAGCAAAUUUAUGGAAAGAUAUGGUUUCUCAUCACCAACGAAUCCUUGGGAACUUAUAAAUUUCUCAAGCCCUGCGAAGAUUCACAUGGAUUCGUUCUUAUCGGUCUUCAAUAUUGCCGGUUUGCAUGACGAGCUAUACCACAAUUCUGCAUUGCCCUCAGUAGAAACUAACUUCGUGGAUGGAGCGGUUGUAGCAGCAGCUAGAGCAUUGCCAACAUGGUCAGAUGGUGAUGUUCCUGCAGUACCGAGUGUGGAGAGAAAAUCUGCUCAGGUGUUGCAAGAGGAGUGCCGCCAAAUGUUGGAUUCAUUCUCAACUACUAUUGAACAAGACCAGCAGAUCUUAGAUUCUGAUGUGCAUAUCAGCAAAACGCGUGAAAUUGCAAUCAAGUAUCGUCUACACCGGAAGAUGCUCCUACAGAAGAUCAUCGACUCACUGGACAUCUAUCAGGACAGAAUUUUGUUUUAGCUGUAUAGGCGCCGCAACGUUCAGUAGAACUUAGAACUAAUAUCAGUUGGUGUGUUAGUAGACUUGGAAUCAUUAGACAUUGGAGGUUUUCGAAGGGUAGCUGCCACCUCUUUUGUAGAGGAUUUUGUAGGGCUGCCCUCAUUGUAUUUGUAGGUUAACACUAGAGGAUCCCCACAAACGAAACAAGAAUACAAAUAGUUGUCAUUUUGGAAGGAAAGAUAGUUGAAAGUUUCAGUUC